ACAGCGGACAUGAGCAACACCAGCAUGAACAUGAGGGGCAAGAUCAUCUUCUACGAGGACAGGAACUUCCAGGGUCGUUCCUAUGAGUGCAUGAGCGACUGCUCCGACAUGACCUCCUACCUGAACAGGUGUCACUCCUGCAGGGUGGAGAGUGGCUGCUUCAUGGUCUACGACCGCCCCAACUACAUGGGAAACCAGUACUUCAUGAGGAGGGGCGAGUACGCUGACUACAUGAGCAUGAUGGGAAUGAGGGACUGCAUCAGGUCUUGCCGUAUGAUCCCCAUGCACAGAGGCCAGUUCAGGAUGAAGAUCUACGAGAGGGAGAACUUCGGUGGUCAAAGUCACGAGCUGAUGGACGACUGUGACAACAUCCAGGACCGUUACCGUAUGUCCGACUGCAUGUCCUGCAACGUGAUGGACGGCCAGUGGCUGAUGUACGAGCAGCCCCACUACAGAGGCAGGAUGAUGUACCUGAGGCCUGGAGAGUACAGGAGCUUCAGGGAGAUGGGCAUGAGCGGCCAGAGGUUCAUGAGCAUGAGGCGUAUCACUGAUUCUUGCAACUAAAUUUUCACGAAAUGUUCUCUGAAUGUGUCAAAU